AAUCUGACCACGAUGUCAUCGUCGCACAUCGCCUCGGCGUGGAAGUUCUACCGUUCACUCGGCUCGCCCAAGUACAUUGUAGCACCUAUGGUCAAUGCUUCCGAGCUGGCGUUUCGCCUCCUCACGCGGCGGUAUGGAGCAGAGCUGUGUGUAACGCCGAUGCUCAACUCGGCGGUGUGGGUGCGGUCGGAAGAGUACCGCGAGAAGAACUUGCGGGUGGCGCCGGGUGACGAGCCGCUACUGGCACAGUUUUGCGGCAACGACCCCAAGAUCCUGCUUGAGGCCGCACUGGAUGUACAGGACCGCGUGGCCGGGGUCGACAUCAACCUCGGCUGCCCGCAGAACAUCGCGCGGCGCGGCCACUACGGCGCGUUCCUGCUGGAGGAGACGGAGCUGCUUGUAGAGAUGGUGGACACGCUUGCGCGCGGACUGACCGUGCCUGUCACAUGCAAGAUCCGUGUUCUCGAGUCGGGGGUGGACGAUACGAUUGCGCUCUGCCUUGCGCUGCAGGACGCGGGGUGCUCGAUCCUGACGGUCCACGGACGGACGCGGCGGAUGAAGAAGGACCUGAUCGGGCCGUGCGACUGGGGCGCUAUCAAGGCGAUCAAGGAGGCGGUCGACAUUCCCGUGUUUGCCAACGGCGGUAUCGAGUGCUUUGAAGACAUUGACGAGUGCAUGCGUGCGACGUGCGUCGACGGCGUCAUGCUCUCCGAGGCCAUUCUUGAGCGGCCAGACAUCUUUGCCAACGUGCCGUUCUCGAUUGCCAACCAGCUCAAGAUCUCGCGCGAGUACCUGGCACUAGCGCGCGACUACCCGCCCUAUGUCAACAAGGUCACCCGUGGCCACAUCUUCAAGUUUCUCCACACCGCCAUGACCUCCUGGCCCGAGCUCCGUCCGAUGCUCGGCAAGUCACGGACCGUCGACGAGAUGGCUGCUGUUGUCGAGCGGGUGAGCGAUCUCGUCCAGCACGAGCUCACCUGCCCGCUGCCUGCCACAGAGUGCCCCGUUACCCACUCGGACGGGCGGACUUGGUACCGCCGGCACGCGCACCGCUGGAACGCCGGCAUGAAGGCUACGCUCGAGCCGGUGGACUACUCGGCUGAGCCGCAGCCCAUCGCCAUGUCGGAUCGUGCGGUAGCCAAGGCGGCGGCCAAGGCUGUGGCCAAGGCCACCGCCAACAUCAAUGCCAAGGCCGCGAGCGAGGCUGCGAGCGCUGCUGCGAGCACCGCGUCCGAGACCGAGCAGGCUGCAUCCGGCGGUCAGACAGACGAAGGCAAGGCACAGGAGGCCACCGCCUCGUAGACUGGACAGCUGGGUGCAUCAAGGCCUCAGGCUUUGGCCUUGUGGCGCUUGACCUCGCGCUGGACUGCAUCUGACGGGCUGCGCUUGCGCGGAAUGACGCUCGGCGCGACGCGAGCGCGGGGAACGACCAUUGGUGACGUCGCUGGCGGGAGGCGGCUGGGCUUGUCAACGUGGCCAGACUCUGUCCCGUCAUCUGGUGGACACGAGGGAAUGGCGUGUAUGAGCUCGUGCCAAGUCCGGUGG